AUGGCUACCAAUAGUCGCCCAACCAUCCUAGUCAUCCAUGGGGCAUGGCAUCACCCAGAAUUCUAUGCCACCUUUUGCAAGGCAUUCGAGGACUUGGGCUAUGAAGCAGUUUGUCCUCGUCUUCCGACCUGCAACAACGAUGUACCCCCUACAAAGAAAUUGGCAGAUGAUGUGUCCCUCAUCCGACAAACCGCACAGUCGCUCCUUGACAGUGGGAAGACCGUUAUUGCUGUAAUGCACUCCUACGGAGGAGUGGUCGGCACAGACGCCUUAUAUGGACUGGCGAUUGACCAGCUGAUUUACAUGACGGCCUUUAUACCUCCGACCGGAAACAGUCUAGCUGGCAUGUUUGGAGGGAGUCUACCUCCUUUCAUUACAGUUGAUGACGAAGGAGGUCUACUAACUGUUCCUGACCCGGCAACUUGGUUCUUUAAUGACCUUUCUCCUGCAAAUGCCGCGGCUUGGGCCAAGAAGCUAGUGGUUCACCCGAAGUCUGCUCAAUUCGACCCCAUUACACACGAGGCAUAUCAGACCAUUCCCACGGCAUACAUUGUGUGUGACAAAGAUGCGGCUCUUAUUCCAAUGGUACAAGAAAUGAUGAUCGAAAAUGUGCGGAAGACAGGAGUCAAUGUCGAGGUGGAGAGACUCUCGGCGAGUCACAGUCCUUUCUUGAGCAUGCCUGAGGAGACUGCCAAGUUGGUGCUAAAGAUCGCUAGAUGGGGACUAUGA